AUGGCAAGCCUCGACCGCGAACUCAAGCCAGAAGUAGCUAUGGAGGUUGUCAUCAGCAUGUACAAAGAGCCGGUCGGAGACGUGUGGAGUUUUAUUGCUGGACUCAAGAGUGCACCAGAGACGAGCAAAGCUUCUGUCCUAAUCUACACAAAAGACGAGGAUGCGGACAUUAAGAAUUUGAAAAUGAGGACAGGAGCGGAUGAAGUUGUCAAGCUGGCAAACAUUGGACGAGAAGGCGAAACGCACCUUCACCACAUCAACAAGCGAUGGGAUAGUCUGGCAAGGCACACCAUGUUCCUUCAAGCCGACGUCAAAUUCGACCGAGAAUUCUAUUCACGUUUAGGAAACUAUUUCGACGCCGAUCGUACGGGCUUCCUGAACCUGGGCAGAGCAGAUGUCUGCGACUGCGACACAUGUGGAGACCGCCACUUCUGGUCUGAUAAGAAAGGGCUUUUUCCACAGUACCAUAACAAGAUCUACAACUCGAGCGACUGCAACAACGUUGUGAUCAAUUAUAAGGGGUCUUUCAUGGUAUCUGCAGCUCGCGUCCGAGGGAUUAGUAAAACGAUAUACAACGAGCUUUGGCAAGCCUUCACAGAUCAGAACAGUUGGGCGCAUCAACCAGAGUUCUUACAAGGCAAAUCGGACUCUAUGAAUGCGCCUUACUUUGGAUAUACUAUGGAAAGGAUGUGGAGCCUGUUAUUUCAAUGUUCUGACAUGAACGUUGCAUGGAAAUGCCCAAGUUACAUGAGUGGUUGGAGGAUAGGUGGAGAAAUUGCUGACUGCCAAUGUUUCGACAACGACGCGCCCAGAUGA